UUAUUUAAGCUUACCUCAGGGGGGUGUGUGUAAUUUACCCUUAAUUUUUUCUCCAUUUCUCUCUUAUCUCCAUUAUUUUCCCUCUUCAAUUAGAUAGAAAUGAAUUCCCUCAUUCACAAAAUAUUUGCAUUUUCGAGCAUUUCAAAUUACGUUGUCGGAAAAAAGAACACCCAUAAAUCUCCUCAUUUGGCUGGGUUGUAAUGCAUGAGACAAACCUUGUCUCUCCAUCUGAGAUUUAGUAUUGGUUUAUUGCACAACAUCUUCUGACAGGUGGGCAAACAUAGUAACAUGGACAUGUAAAAAUAAAAAAUAAAAAUAAAAAUUAAUAAACAUGUGAUAAAUCAUUAGUCCUCUUGUUCAUGAUCUUAAUUGUUUUUUUUUUUUUUUUUUUUUUUUGCAGUCGUAUCCUGAGAUGGCUGAUUUUUCACGGUCCGGACUAUUCAAAUGGUCGGGCGAUGCACGAACAUUUGACAAAGACGGGCCCUACAUAGAGAUGGUGACCACUCCGAAUAACCCGGACGGUUUUAUUAUAGAGCCCGUUCUUAAUCGGGCCAAAGGAAUGCCCGUCCAUGAUCUUGCUUACUAUUGGCCACAAUAUACAGCAAUUAAUUCUUCUGCAGAUCAUGACAUCAUGCUUUUCACGGUUUCCAAAUGCACUGGCCAUGCAGGAUCAAGAAUCGGAUGGGCGAUUGUUAAGGAUGAAGCAGUCGCUAGAAAAAUGGUGAAGUUCAUCGAAGUCAGCACAAUCGGAGUGUCGAAAGAGCCGCAGAAAAGAGUAGGGUUGUGCAUGGAUCGGUUUUAACCAUCAAUCAGCCCAUUUUCGACCCACAAUUUGUGAUGGUUAAUCAACCAUCAACCGACCCAUUUAAGUUGGGUCGAUAAUGUCAACCAACCCAUGUAUAGUUGGGUCGAUAAUGGUU